GAAUCAGACUGCUUUCACCUGCAAUUAAUACAAGUUGUCUUGGACAAGAGGAAUUUCAUUUUGUAUUUUGUUUUUGUUUUUUAUAGAAAAUGUCUCCGGGACAGGAGACCCCAGCAGUGCUGAUUCCUAAGUAUUCUAUGAUAGGACCAUUCAAGGGACACCGAAGCAUGAAAAGUACACCUUUGUUUCCUGGAUCGUCGUGUUCUUUGUCAACGCAGUUCCUCCUGCAGGAUCACAUGGCGGCACACUACCGAAAUCUCCAUUCUGCAAAAGCCACUGUUGAUACCUCGGCACCAAAGAGUUUGUCAAGCAGUGUUAAAUAUAGAGAUCAGCAGAACAAAGAGAAGUUACUCCAAGCUAUUGAAAGAUUCAAGAAGGAACUUCAGCAUAUCCAUCCUACAGCUCGUCAUCGUGUACAAAGUAAUUUCCUCGAACAAGACAGGGUACACCUUGGUGACAGAGAGUUUCAAAUGUCUUUAAUGAGCCAAUAUUUCAACGUAUACAAGGAAUCAUCACCAGUUCUUUCUGCAAGAGACAUCCUGCAAGGGAAUGAAAAGGGGACCUACCACUAUAAUAAUGUGACGACCAGCAGAAGACAAAGCCUUCCAAAGAAAAAGCCUUAUAAUGACCCUCAGAAACAGACAUAUAGUGGGGAUCUUCUGGAUAAACACGCUGACAGUUUUACAAGUGUCAAGAAGCCCUUUAAGCCGAGAUUACUGAAAAAAUCUGCAGGUUCUUUUCUUUCAAAAUAUCGCUAUUACAAGGCUCCUGCGAAGAGUGAUAAGAAGUCCCCUCAGACUGACAAAGGUGGCAUGUCCAAUUUCACAGAGGUGUAUAGGUUCCUGGAAGACAGUUAUGAGCCUCUGGAAAAUAGGACACAGAAUCAUGGAACAUAUUCAAGGCUUCCAAAACAGGAGGAUGAUCUGAAAUGCCUUAACUUUCUUAAGGAACUAACAGAUGACAUCUUACUUAGAGGUGGUGGCUCCAGCAGUGCAAUAGACCGUGUUUUUCAAGACCACCUUCAAAGAAAAAAUCACAAUAUCCCAGAGGUGACAAAGAAGAUUUUAGUGCAAGACCUUAAAGAAGAGUUACAGCAGCCAGACAAGUUAGAUUUUUCAAUCAGCUACAUUGGGACUCUGUACAGCUCGGGAAACAUCCCUCUGCAAGGAAGACUCUCUCAUCUCUUACAUACAUAGACCUUCUCUGUGACAUGAGAAGUGCACCUCAAAUCUGGAACUUUGGGUCAGCUCACUAAAGCUGUACGAGUUAUUUUAGAUGUAUUCAUUAUUUUCUCACCAUCGGUUUCAUGUACAUUCACAUCCAUUUAUAUCACACCAGCAUGCAAUUACUUUUUCGCAUGAAAACUGCUAUUUAACCACUGAAAGCUUUUAUUUCAAGGAUUCCUAACUGGAGACCCCUUAAAGGGGAGAGUGGUAUGUGACCCAAAAUGAUGGGCGUAUAUGAUCUUUGCAUGAAUUAAACAAAUUGUAAGAGGAUUCUCUGCAUUAUUAAACCUGAAAAUAAAGUAAAUAGGGUUAAUAUACUAAAACUGGAGAGUGGAAAAUGUGGUACAGCUGUGCAUGGCAGCCAAUCAGCUUCCAGGUUUUAUAUGUCAAAGCUUAAAGCGGAGUUCCACCCAAAAGUGGAACUUCUGCUUAUUUGCUCCCCUCCGGUGCCAGGGAUCCGUUUUUGACAGGUCCCCCUUCCCCACUUCUGGAGGCGGUGCCAUCCUUCAGAAAUUCGGCCCCUCCUCCUACCUCUACCGCCGGCCAAUUAGAAAGCGCAGCGAGCUUCGCAUAUUCACCGUAGGGUACAGUCUGUGAAGCCGAAAGGCUUUACUGCCGGUUUCCUUUAGUGGAGAUGGUGGCGGCAUAUCGGCUGGUGCAGUGUCCAUACUGUAUAAUAAAAGUCAGCAGCUACAGUAUUUCCCCAGGCUGGAACACCUCUUCAAGGCCGGGUUCACAGAUGUGCGGCUGCAGUUUGCAGUCCGGUGUCCGAUGCGUUCCUGUUUACUGGUUCGGGUGCAGAUUUUUUCCUGAAUUCACACAGGACCCUUUUUGAAACCACAGCCGCCCCAGACAUGUGUGAACCAGCUCCAUUGAUAGACAGUCACAUUCACAUAUCAGCAUCCAAU